UUAUCAAGUCAGCUGCGAUUAUUAUUAUUUCGAGCAAUGUUUUUAUCAUGACGAUUUUUCAGGUUUUUAUCAAUUAAAAUAAGUGUAAACAAGAAUAAUGUUAGUGCACAUUGUUACAAUUUUAUUAUUUUGCGUGAAUUUGCUGAAUUCUGGCCAUGCUGGUGUGAUGCACAGUCACUCAAACGAUGUGACUAAAGAACGAGAAUCAGACGGGGCCUACAGCCCCAGGGACCAUUCCCACUUUACAGAAAGUGGUGAACACCACAACGAAUUCGACCAUGAGGCAAUUUUAGGAAGCCACAAAGAAGCCGAAGAGUACGAUCACUUGCCCCCAGACGAGGCGAAAAGACGUCUGAGGAUUUUACUGAAAAAGAUGGACUUGAAUGGGGACGAAAAGAUUGACAAAAAGGAACUUAAAGCCUGGAUUUUGCGCUCAUUCAAGAUGUUGUCAGAAGAGGAGGCAAAUGAACGUUUGGAGGACGCUGACGAGGAUAACAAUGGGGUUGUGACGUGGCAAGAGUACUUAUCGGACGCUUACGGCGUCGAUAAGGAAGAUAACCUUUCUGUAGGGGACGAAAAUGAACAAUUGAUCAAAGAUGAUAAAGAAAUGUGGGCGGCUGCUGAUACUAACAACGACGGGGUAUUGGAUGCGCAAGAAUGGACUGCGUUUUCUCACCCUGAGGAACACCCAACAAUGCUCCCCCUUAUCCUGGAACAAACCCUCAGAGACAAGGACAAAGACGGGGACAAGUCCAUCAGUUUUCAGGAAUUCGUAGGCGAAAGAGCACACGAACACGACAAAGAGUGGCUCCAAGUUGAGAAAGACAAGUUUGACCAUGAUUUGGACAAGGAUGGGGACGGGAAACUCACCAGUAACGAAAUUUUAUCCUGGAUUGUGCCCAGCAAUGAAGAAAUUGCUGAAGAAGAAGUUGAUCAUUUAUUUGCCUCCAGUGAUGAUGACCAUGACGAUGUACUCACUUUUGAUGAAGUUGUUGAACAUCAUGAAACUUUCGUGGGGAGCGAGGCCACGGAUUAUGGUGACCAUUUGCACAACAUUCACCAUUUUGAGGACGAAUUGUGAUACUUUAUCAAAUUUAUGGUAAUGUGUGUGAAAGUAGCUUUAGAGUGUAUUUGUUUCGGAAUCUCCUCGGUUUUUAUAGUAAAUUUUAUUUAUUUGUGAAGUUUUAUAAAAUAUUUAUUGUACGUGCCAUAAACCCAAAUAAAACAACUUAAACUUUUA